AUGGCACCUCGCCUUUCAUCAGGCAAAGGCGCAGUCCACUACAGUGGACUCUACGGGAGUGCCUACUUCAUCCACGACGCAGGAUUGGCGACGCCCACGAAGCUUGGAAACGCUACCAAGUCUGCGGUUGCGCAACUGUUGGGUGAUUUAGGUCCGAAACCAGACACUUUGGAAAAGCUGCCGUUGAGGUUCCAUCAUGGAUCACGUCACUUUGCUCACGAAUCGCUACAAUUGCCACGGGUUGACAUUGAUCGGGAUCUGCCCAAGCAGUCAAGCACGUGCCAUGACAUAAGCCUUGCUUCGCUCUGGCUGUCGGGAAACUGGCAGGCCAUAACUCUCGAUGGAAGCCCUGAUGAGCGCUUUGAAAGAGAAUCAAGGGAGAGCGCCCAUGAGCUCCGAGGCACGCUAGAUAAGCUCAAGGAGCACUAA